ACCGCAUCCAACCGCACCCAACUGCAUCCAACCACAUCCAACACAUCCACCUGCAUCCAACCACAUCCAACCACAUCCAACCGCAUCCAACCACAUCCAACUGCAUCCAACUACAUCCAACUGCAUCCAACUGCAUCCAACUGCAUCCAACCACAUCCAACCGCAUCCAACUGCAUCCAACUGCAUCCAACCGCAUCCAACUGCAUCCAACCACAUCCAACUGCAUCCAACCGCAUCCAACUGCAUCCAACACAUCCAACACAUCCAACUGCAUCCAACCGCAUCCAACUGCAUCCAACCACAUCCAACUGCAUCCAACCACAUCCAACCGCAUCCAACCACAUCCAACCGCAUCCAACCGCAUCCAACCACAUCCAACCACAUACAACCGCAUGCAACCGCAUACAACUGCAUCCAACCACAGGCAACCACAUCCAACCGCAUCCAACCACAUCCAACCACAUCCAACCGCAUCCAACUGCAUCCAACCACAUCCAACCACAUCCAACUGCAUCCAACUGCAUCCAACCACAUCCAACCACAUCCAACUGCAUCCAACCACAUCCAACUGCAUCCAACUGCAUCCAACUGCAUCCAACCACAUCCAACACAUCCACCUGCAUCCAACCACAUCCAACCACAUCCAACCGCAUCCAACCACAUCCAACUGCAUCCAGUCAGGUACAUCCAACACAUCCAACCACAUCCAACUGCAUCCAACCGCAUCCAACCACAUCCAACCACAUCCAACCGCAUCCAACUGCAUCCAACCGCAUCCAACUGCAUCCAACCACAUCCAACCGCAUCCAACUGCAUCCAACUGCAUCCAACCGCAUCCAACUGCAUCCAACCACAUCCAACUGCAUCCAACUGCAUCCAACCGCAUCCAACCACAUCCAACUGCAUCCAACCACAUCCAACUGCAUCCAACCACAUCCAACUGCAUCCAACUGCAUCCAACCGCAUCCAACCGCAUCCAACUGCAUCCAGUCAGGUACAUCCAACACAUCCAACACAUCCAACUGCAUCCAACCACAUCCAACCACAUCCAACCGCAUCCAACUGCAUCCAACCACAUCCAACUGCAUCCAACCGCAUCCAGUCAGGUACAUCCAACACAUCCAACACAUCCAACUGCAUCCAACUGCAUCCAACCACAUCCAACCGCAUCCAACUGCAUCCAACCACAUCCAACUGCAUCCAACCACAUCCAACUGCAUCCAACUGCAUCUAACUGCAUCCAACCGCAUCCAACCGCAUCCAACCGCAUCCAACUGCAUCCAACCACAUCCAACUGCAUCCAACUGCAUCCAACCACAUCCAACUGCAUCCAUCUUCAUCCAACCGCAUCCAACUGCAUCCAACCACAUCCAACCACAUCCAACUGCAUCCAACUGCAUCCAACCGCAUCCAACCACAUCCAACUGCAUCCAACCACAUCCAACCACAUCCAACUGCAUCCAACACAUCCAACGGCAUCCAACUGCAUCCAACUGCAUCCAACUGCAUCCAACCGCAUCCAACCGCAUCCAACUGCAUCCAACCGCAUCCAACUGCAUCCAACUGCAUCCAACCGCAUCCAACCGCAUCCAACUGCAUCCAACCGCACCAACUGCAUCCAACCGCAUCCAACUGCAUCCAACUGCAUCCAACCACAUCCAACCGCAUCCAACUGCAUCCAACCACAUCCAACACAUCCACCUGCAUCCAACCACAUCCAACCACAUCCAACCGCAUCCAACCACAUCCAACUGCAUCCAACUACAUCCAACUGCAUCCAACUGCAUCCAACUGCAUCCAACCACAUCCAACCGCAUCCAACUGCAUCCAACUGCAUCCAACCGCAUCCAACUGCAUCCAACCACAUCCAACUGCAUCCAACCGCAUCCAACUGCAUCCAACACAUCCAACACAUCCAACUGCAUCCAACCGCAUCCAACUGCAUCCAACCACAUCCAACUGCAUCCAACCACAUCCAACCGCAUCCAACCACAUCCAACCGCAUCCAACCGCAUCCAACCACAUCCAACCACAUACAACCGCAUGCAACCGCAUACAACUGCAUCCAACCACAGGCAACCACAUCCAACCGCAUCCAACCACAUCCAACCACAUCCAACCGCAUCCAACUGCAUCCAACCACAUCCAACCACAUCCAACUGCAUCCAACUGCAUCCAACCACAUCCAACCACAUCCAACUGCAUCCAACCACAUCCAACUGCAUCCAACUGCAUCCAACUGCAUCCAACCACAUCCAACACAUCCACCUGCAUCCAACCACAUCCAACCACAUCCAACCGCAUCCAACCACAUCCAACUGCAUCCAGUCAGGUACAUCCAACACAUCCAACCACAUCCAACUGCAUCCAACCGCAUCCAACCACAUCCAACCACAUCCAACCGCAUCCAACUGCAUCCAACCGCAUCCAACUGCAUCCAACCACAUCCAACCGCAUCCAACUGCAUCCAACUGCAUCCAACCGCAUCCAACUGCAUCCAACCACAUCCAACUGCAUCCAACUGCAUCCAACCGCAUCCAACCGCAUCCAACCACAUCCAACUGCAUCCAACCACAUCCAACUGCAUCCAACCACAUCCAACUGCAUCCAACUGCAUCCAACCGCAUCCAACCGCAUCCAACUGCAUCCAGUCAGACUCUGCAGGUGUGCUGAUCUUCUUCACUCUGGAUGGUUCGAAGCCGGUUGCCUUGCUCCGGGGGUCAGAGGUCGGCAGCAGGAAGUACACAGGUCCCGUCUUUCUUCCUGCGGGCCAGGUGUCUGUCAGGGCCGUGGCCGUUGCCAGGGACGGGAGGCGCAGCUCCGUGGUCACCAAGGUGUUCUCCGUGGGUCAGGUGGAACCAGACCAGCAGGUCCAGUCUGAUGGAGGCUGCGAUUCUGAUGAGCCGCCCGUUUCUAAUCCAACACCUGCAGGAACACCUGGACACUCAAAGUGGAGGGAAGUCACCUGCAGUCCGGCUUCUGAACCGGGCCGGACCGGGUCCAGUCCUCCGAUCUCCCUGCCCUCCAGACGCUCCAGAGGUGUUGGGAUUCCAGAUCCUGAUGCUGCCUGGACCAGCUCCUCCCGACGCUCCCGCUCUGCGGAUUCUCACUAUGGAACGCAGCCGAGCAGCGAACCGCAAACCCAACGGCCGAGAGUCACCACAGCACCAUGGUGUCCUCGCUGCCUCUGCCUCUGCCCUUCAGACCCGUUUGCACGGUUCUGUCCUCAAUGUGGCGCUGUGAUUCCUCCGGUACCGGCGCGCAAGCCGCCCCCUGCUGGGAGAGGACAGCUCCUGCCGUGUCCUUUCUGUCGCUGCCUGGUUCCCAAAAACUCUCGGACCUGUUGGACCUGCGAGGCGUCCAUAGAAGGGUCUCAGGCCGGCUUCUCCCUGCAGGUCGACCCGGGUGGAGGCGCCGGCCCCUCAGGUGGGCCGGCGGACGGCAGCAUGUGGUCCUGCUCCAGGUGUCGUCGCCUGAACCGUCAUGAUGCCAGAUUCUGUGACUGUUGUGGCAGCAAGGCUGGCCACGCCCCCCUCUGGGUGACGUGUUGGCGGUGCGGAGCAAGCUCACGGCCUGACGCCCCCCACUGUGCGGCGUGCGGCGUGUUCCUCCUGGCGCUGUCUCCGCCCACACCGUGCAGUGACAUCACACUGCCUGAAGAGGACGCCGCCCACAGCAAGGCCCCGCCCCCUCGUGACUCUGCCUGGAAGGCUCCGCCCCCACAGAGCGCCGCCUCCAGACGGGGCGUAGCUCCUCCCCCUGUGGAUCGGUCCACGCAGACCGUGGGACUCUAUUACCCAUCAGCCACUGCGCUGCAGCAGCGGGACCAGCAGAGGGCGCUGCGGCGGGAGGCGGCGAGGAGCCGGCCGCCGCUCAGCUCCAUCAGCCCCGGCAGAGGUUACUGGAGGAACCAACUGGACCACGUCUGUGCUCACCUGAGGAGCUACACCCAAAACCGGGCCUCCUUCAGAACCCUGCUGGCAGAACCUCGACUGGGCCGGAUGGUGUCGGCGCUGGUCCAGCAGAACCAGGAUGAAGUGGUUCUGAUGUUGAGCUUCUCAUUGGCAGCCAAUCAGAACCAGCAGCAGUUCGGACCUGAUGGGGACCAUGAUGGCCUGGCAGGAAGUUCUAUGGUACCGGGUCGGGUCCAGACACUGAGCAGUGUCACACAGUGUGCGUCAGACAGAGCUGGAAGUCCAGGGAGGAAGCGGGAUGCCGACCCGGAACCGAACCUGUUGGUACAGGGUGGGCGUCAGGCUGCGGGUCAGACGAUGCCAACCGGGCCAGACCUUUCUCAGCCUGGACCGGGCCGGACCAUAACGGUACACGCCUGCAGAGCUUCGAUGCCCUGGUUCUGGUUCCGACCCGUUCCUGUGAUUAACUGAGGUGCCCAUCCUGGACUGCUGGCACAAAGAAGUGGUGUGAUGGUUGCUAUGAUGACACCAGCCCUUGAUCGGAACCUGCGAAUAUGAUAGAAUAUUUGUGGGGUUGACCUUUGACCCCAUCCAGGUCAUUUCUUAAAGUUUAUGGAAAUAAAA